CUCUGGCUGCGGGUCUCUGGGAUGGAAAAGAGGGCUUCCAAGCACACCGGCCUGCUCUGAGGACCCCGACAGGACACAGGACAGGAGAUCGAGAGCCGUCCAGGGGGCUCCAACCCCCAGGAGCUCUUCACUGACAGAGCACUCAAACCCAGGGACAAUUGAGAGAGGUUAUUGCUCUCCAGCCACUCUGCUGAGAAACAACUGGACUUAUUUCCAUGGAGACCAGGGACUCUGCGGAUUUGGGAAAGCCCCAGAAGAAAUCAGUGAGCGGUUCGUGCGAGACUGACGAGCUGGCCGGUGUGAGGCCUGAGGUCCUCUCAGAAGAGAGGACACCCCGUGCCGACCAGGAGAUGCAGGACAAAGCACCCCAUUACUACAUCCCUAUCCAGAGAAACUCCAUCUUCAAUCGCACCGUGAGACACAGGAGCAAAGGCAAAGCCAGGGGCACUUCCAAACAGAACUGCGGACGCUUGGCAGAUUCACUGGAAAAUGGGAACUCUGUAAAUGAGCCCCUGAACUUGAAUUUCCCCCAGAGCAGCACUCGACCCUGGAGAAUACCAACAGGGACAGACCUGGGAGCCAAGAGAGCAAGCUUUCACAUGUAGGUCUAUGGUCCAUAUGGAUAUCCAGUUGCUCUGGCAUCAUUUAUUAAAAAGACCUUCUGUUUCCCCCGAUGAAUUGCAUUGGUGUUUUGUUUGUUUUUGAUUUUGUUUUUCCGAAAAUCCACUGACUGCAGACACAUGGGUCUUUUCUGGACUUCUAUUCUGUUUCAUUGAUCUAAUUGUCUUUCCUUAUACCAAUAUUACACUGCUUAAAUACUGUAGCUUUAUGCUAAGUUUUAAAAUCUGGUAGCGUAAAUCCU